ACAUACACACACACACACACACAAACACACGCACGCACACACAUUCCUUUCCAGUCACUCUGAGGGGCAGGCACAGAGCAUGCUAGAAGCCUAAAGCAAAGAAUCCUGCAGUCGCUUGGUCACAGACAGAACUGAGUUCGCAGAACAUGACAGAGAGAGCGAGUGCACCAGGGGAGGUCUGACGGCACAGUUCAUACUCUGCAUGCUGCAUCUCCUAAUGGACGCCUGGCUUCAGAACCUCAACCACACGGUGCUUAUGUAAUACCUGUCAAUUUAUACAAUGUGCACAAAUCUUUUCAAGACACUGCUUUUUUCUUCAAGAGGAUACAUUGAACAAGAGCUCUGACAAGAGUGAGGAUACAACCAGACCAGCAAUGUUCUCCACAAGUUCUUUCAUAAGGAGGUCCCAUAUGGACACUGCAUAUCUUGAACCACUGGACACUCUAACGGGCUUCUGAUUCAGGAUUAGUUAAAGCAACAAGAUAUAUCCAGAGGAAUCCUCUAAAAGAUCUGCUUGACAGCUCUGUAUCUCAGAUCGUUUUCCUGGUGCUGACAUGCUCUGGUGGACACUUACCUAUCGUUCCCUGUGUUUAGCAGCUCUGCUGGUGGUGGCCAGUUGUAUUGGGGGUGAGCAGAAGAAACCAGGAGAUGAAGGAUCACGGAGCUCCUCUGGGAGAGCCAGCAGCACGGGCAGCAGCGCAGGAGGUUCGUCUAGCCGUAGAUACCACCGGCUCCAGCAUGGUCAGUGUACCUACACCUUCAUCCUCCCAGAAGCCGACGGAAACGCAGGUGCAUCCUGCCGCGAGACGAAAGCAGGCACUCAGAACAAUGCUAACUCACUUCAGAGAGAUGCUCCUCCACCUGAACCUGACUACUCCAACCAGAAGAUUCAACAGCUGGAGCACAUCAUGGAGAACUACACACAGUGGUUACAGAAGAUUGAGAACUACAUCAAAGAGAGCAUGAAGGCAGAGAUGGCACAGUUACAGCAAAGCGCCGUCCACAAUCGCACGGCGGCCAUGCUGGAAAUGGGAACCAAUCUUCUCUCCCAGACGGCUGAACAAACCCGCAAGCUGACUGAUGUUGAGACUCAGGUUUUGAAUCAGACAUCCAGGCUGGAGAUUCAGCUGCUGGAGAACUCGUUGUCCACAAACAAGCUGGAGAAGCAGCUCAUGGUGCAGACCAAUGAGAUCAGUAAACUCCAUGAUAAGAAUGGAUUUCUGGAGCUGAAGAUGCAGGAAAUGGAGUCGAGGCACAGGGCGGAGCUGGAAGUGCUAAGGGAGGAAAAGAGCAAUCUCCAGGCACUUGUGGUCAGGCAGAGUGGUGUGAUUCUUGAGCUGGAGGCCCAGCUGGGCAAAGCCUCGGGUAACAGCACAGUGCUGCAGAAACAACAGCAGGACCUGAUGGACACUGUGCACAGCCUUCUCAACCUCUGCUCCAAGGAUGGAGUGGUGCCCAACAGCACGAAACAAGCCGACGAGGAGAAGAAAUUCCGGGACUGUGCUGAUCUCUAUGAGGCAGGAUUCCAGAAAAAUGGCGUCUACACCAUCAACAUUAGUCCACAAGAAACUAAAAAGGUAUACUGUAAUAUGGAAUCUGCUGGCGGAGGAUGGACAGUAAUUCAACGCCGUGAGGAUGGUAGUGUCGACUUUCAGAGGACAUGGAAAGAGUACAAGACGGGCUUUGGGAGUGUGUCAGCUGAGCACUGGCUGGGGAACGAGUUCGUGUACAUGCUGACCAGCCAGAGACAGUACGCUCUGCGUGUGGAGCUCACUGAUUGGGAUGGACAUCAGGCCUUCUCGCAGUAUGACCGCUUUCACAUAGGCAGUGAAAAAAACAAGUACAGAUUGUCGUUAAAGAGCCACAGCGGGACAGCAGGCCGGCAGAGCAGUCUGGUUAUCCAUGGAGCAGACUUCAGCACCAAAGACAUGGACAAUGACAACUGCAUGUGCAAGUGCGCCUUGAUGUUGACCGGAGGCUGGUGGUUUGAUGCCUGUGGUCCAUCCAACCUGAACGGGAUGUACUACACCCAGGGACAGCAUGUUGGCAAACUCAAUGGCAUCAAGUGGCACUAUUUCAAAGGGCCGAGUUACUCUCUCCGUGCAACUGCCAUGAUGAUCCGACCUCUGGACAUUUCGUAGACCUUUUUCCAAACCCACUUUCAGAGACCUUUUUCCAAACCAUGUAGGUGGGAACGUGGUGAAAAAGGGGUUAUAUUUGAGGCGAUGGUUCAUUAUAUAACAGGACACCUUAUAAGUGGUUUGGUAUGCUACGUUACAUGUACUGUACGAUAGAUGGAUUGUGUGACACUCAUUUGCAAUAAACAACCUUUUAUGGAAAAAAGGCAUCAUGAGAAGAGAAGAGAAGAGAAGAGAAGAGAAGAGAAGAGAAGAGAAGAGAAGAGAAGAGAAGCGGCUUCUAUUAUUAUCACAGGAGAUGAUUAACUCUCUGGGUUUUAAAGAGAGCAUUCUUGGCUGGCUUUUAUUUUUAUAUAUCAGAGAUAUGAACUCGAGUGCCAUUGCUGGGUCACUGUCAGCUGCUGAGCUGAGCAAAUAGGAGCUCUGAUAGGAGACUGGGUGAUACUGCACACGUUUAAGCCUGUGGCUUAUUCGGUACCCCAGUGAACUGCAGCAGCUGGAAAGAUUUUAGGAAACCCAAAGUGAGCCAAUGACUUGAACAUUUUUUUGUACAAACAUUGUUGUUGCACAGUUACCACUGACACAUAUAUUGUAUUAUUACCUUGUUUUGUACCUACACACAUUUUUGUACAUUAUCCUUGUCAAAACCAGGAAGAAAUCCUAUUAUACAGCUUCCAAAAGUCGUGAAAGACGCGUUUGAUGUGGAACUUAGAGAAUAGGGUUUGGCUGUUGGUACUUUAUGCCAGACUGAAUCCAGUUUCUAUUAUUACCAGCGAUUCUAUUAAUACUGGCUAUUAUUACUUCUAUGACCUUUAGGUGCAUUAUGGCUAGCAGUCACAAUUAGACUACAGGCCAGGGUUCGCGUGUACAAUACGGACUCUUUUAGUUAGAAUUCAGUUAGCUGAAUGUAUGUAAGAAUGUAUGUAAAAAGGAUUCCCUGCUGUAAUAUACACCUUGUAUAAUUAUUCAUUAAACCCAUUGUGAAUCAAAAUGUGAGCAGAAGAAAAGCCCAAUUUUCUUGAGGUGCAGGCACUGUCCAGGGCCAGGAGACGAGAAACUCUGACUUUGACUUUGAGCAUCAUAAUAAGAAACUGCAGCCUGCCCUUCCUUCACCAAGAAUAACAAAGAUUAAUUAUAGUAUCCAUUAUUUUUACAUACAGUUAAUAUUUUUUUUACAUGUUUUAUGCAUACGAUCAAUGUUUUACAUAGCAGCUUAAAUAUGGAUACAGUGCAAAUGUAUCAUUUUAAUAUGCAAAAAUUUAUGUCUUUUUGUAUCUCUUUACUGUCUGGAGUAUGGAUUGUAUUUUCAUGUUGUGAAUCACAUCCAGUAUCCUAAAACUGACCUAAAACACUCACAAUAUCAUUUGACAAGUCGUGAAGAAUACAGUUAUUUUUUUUUUAUUUUUAUUUUUUUAUUUUUGUUCAUCUGUGAAGUUGCAAAUGUUGUUUUAAUACGUCCCAGCUGAAGGACAGUAAAAAGUGAAAUGGCUCCUUUUAGUGCACUGUAAAUUCAUAACUAACGGUAUGGAACAACUACAACUAUAUAGUUAUCUGUUUUGUGUUACUAAAAAAAAAAAAAGCAGGUUAUUUUAUAGAUAAGCCAUACAGCAUCUGGAGCAUAUAAAAUAAUAGCAUGCCAUUUAUUAACAUACUUUAAAAUACUGUAAUUUAAUGUGUGUUCCUUGCUGUCUUGAGGAAAGAGGGGUUUUUUUAUAUUGUCUCAGAGCCAUAGGAGCUGCUCUGAAUAGAAUUAGCUGAACUAAUAAUUCUAGUGCAGGCUGCCUUCAAAACAUUACUAUUACCUCAUAAAAUUGUACAUUUUCCAUUUUAUUUAAACACUUCAUUCGUUGUAACAGUCAACAGUUUGUGAUGUCUAAAUAAAAAUAAAAGAAUGCA